UUGUUAGAGAUUAGAGCUGUGGCCUGUAGUCCACUCUUUUGGUAAGGGGAAUCAGUGGUCAAUGUCACAAGGCAUUUUAUUCAAGUCAAAAGUCAAAUGACAAAGCAGAAUAACUGUUAAAAUAUCUUCGGUUGUGCGUUAUUACCGUUAGCGUUACCGUUUACGACUCUCUGAUGGGGACCUGAAGGCGGUACUGUUCCACCCCUGCCUGCACUGGCAGCUAAGCUAAAGCCACAGGAGUGAAGCUAGCGACACACCAUCCUACCCCUGUGCCAGUCAGCGUCCCCUCUCAAACCUGUGGUAGCACGGUUAUAAAGGCUCUGAGGUACCUGAAUGCCCUCCCACACGUAACGUUGUGUGUUAUUUUACUGCAUCAACUCACAGCAGUAAGUAACGUUAGCUCUGCCGGAGUUAGCUUAGCCUGCUAGUGUUACUUGGCUAAAACUCCUGCUCUGUGCUGAAGAUGACCAAUUUCACCCUGGUGGACUUACAAAUCUAGCGAUGUAAACUGUCCCGAUCCCUGAUAAUUCAAGUAGUGCCUCCAUAAACAAACAACAAGCCUCAGACUGAAGGACUGUGACGUGAACAGAUAGUGUCGUGCCUGAUUUGGCAGUCGACUGGUGAAGACGGUGUAUGUUGGGCUGGACUAUAGUGUAGCUCCCCAACGCAGCAGUGGGCCUCCUCUCCCUCCUUUCCCUCUAGUCUACCAGUGGGACUACUAUGCCUCUGGGCCUGGGAAGAAGAAAGAAGGCGUCCCCGUUAGUUGAGAACGAGGAAGCGGAGCCCAUCCGCGCAGGUCUCAAUGUCCCAGGUAUGGAUGCCCUAGAUGGAGGUGUCGUUGGGCUGGGAGAAGGUGCCACAUCUGAGGGUCUGCCGCCCCCACCCAGCAGCCUGCGGCCUCGCCUCAUCUUCCACACCCAGCUCGCUCAUGGCAGCCCUACAGGACGCAUCGAGGGCUUCAGUAAUGUGCGGGAGCUUUAUGCCAAGAUUGGCGAAGCUUUUGGGAUCCCUCCAGCUGAAGUUAUGUUCUGUACACUGAACACUCAUAAGGUGGACAUGGAGAAACUGCUGGGAGGGCAAAUUGGGCUAGAGGACUUUAUUUUUGCCCACAUUAAAGGCCAGCGGAAGGAAAUAGAGGUGUUUAAAGGAGAGGACGCACUAGGGUUGACUAUAACCGAUAAUGGAGCUGGUUAUGCUUUCAUCAAGAGAAUCCGGGAGGGCAGCAUCAUCCACCAGAUCCAGGUCAUCAACGUUGGGGACAUGAUCGAGUCAAUCAAUGGCCAUGGCCUGAUAGGCUGUCGACACUACGAGGUGGCCAAGAUGCUGAAGGAGCUGCCCAAAGGGAAGGAAUUCACCAUCAAACUGGUGGAGCCUCUCAAGGCCUUUGACAUGAUCAGCCAGCGGUCUGGAGGAUCCAGGUCAGCCUCAGGGGUGCAGCUGGGCACAGGCAGGGGCACCCUGCGCUUGAGAUCCAAGGGUCCCGCUACUGUGGAGGAACUGCCCUCUGCAUUCGAGGAAAAGGCCAUUGAGAAGGUGGAUGACCUUCUGGAGAGCUACAUGGGUAUCAGAGACAGCGAACUAGCGGCUACCAUGGUGGAGCUGGGGAAGGAUAAGAAGAAUCCUGACGAAUUUGCCGAGGCUUUAGACGAGACGCUGGGAGACUUUGCCUUCCCAGAUGAAUUUGUUUUUGAUGUCUGGGGUGCCAUCGGCGAUGCUAAGGUCGGCCGGCUGUAACCAUGGAAACCAACCGAGCAGAACCACCUUUGUGGGUGUGUGACACCCACAACAAACAGCACUACUAGGAAUCACUACACUACCGUCAUGAGUUUGUUUUUAUUCCAGUUGUACUCCUACUGUUUUUUUAAUGUAGAGUGUACUCUUUUGGGAGACUCUUCCUGGGAAAAAGAGGAUAUAACCAGUUCAUGGGAGAAAGAAGCAGACUGUGAUGACUGCUUUUGUCUUACAGUGUUACAGGACCAAACAGUCUCACGAGCAAACAGCUGAACACAAAAGCUGAGGUAAUUAUGUACCAUCAGCAAGUGCUUUUACAUCUCCUCUGGCUUUUUUUUUUUUUUCUUCAGAAACUGUGGGCACACUGAUGAGCAUUCCUCUUGAUCUUGACCACAGCAAAUGAACCUGCAUGUCAUUGUUGUAUUUCUUGGCCUUGGAGCAAGUCGAGCACAAGUCUCUUGUGGGAGAGAAAUGAAGAACUAAGGCUAACACAAAGGAAAUCUUUGAUACUUAGUUUAAAAAAAAGAAAAUGUGAUUUUCCACAUUGCACUGUGUUGCACUGCGCUGUAAAACAAACAAACAAACAAAAAAAAAAAACACAAAGCAAAACAAAAAAAAAAAAAAACAAAUGGCACUGUACCUCACCUGGGGAGCCACCACAGUUAUCGCACAGAGCUAAGUGUUAUCAUCACAGAACUGGAGUGGGGUUUUGUGGUUGGUGUGGACUGUGCCCCUCUGAAACGUGGCUUCAUCCGCUCUGUCCCAGGCGCCUGAGGUACAGUGUCGUUCGUUGUGAGCCAACUCUGUGUUACAGUUAUGAAUCAUGAGUCUUACAAGCAUGUGCUGUUGUGUUUUUAUCCUCAUAACAAAUUCUGUUGGAUUUUAUGUUCUUUUUGGUAAAAGUGAAGAACUGUUGUGGUCGCAGAAGAAUACUAGUAAAUUGUAGCUGACCGUGUAAAAGAUUAAUGGCGUUUGUUCACCAUUAAGACACUCCACACUGUAAUGAAUCUGACGUGUACAGACAGCAGCACAUUCCUGACAUACCUAUCAUUUGCCAGUAUUAAAGAGAAUCAGUGUUCAUUUACCUUAGAAGGAAUAUUCCAUUGUUUUGUGAGAAUGAGCGGCAGAAUGGCGCCCUGAUUAGUGGAUUGUGCUGACUUACUUUAUUUUUUCGUUUCUUUUAGCGUCUUUUUUUAAGCUAGUGUGUUUUUUUGCAAGGUUUUUUAUACAAAGUGUUGUGACAUCUGUUCUUUUAAAACCAGCAGAAGGUUGUGUAACAGAUGAAAAGUUGCAUCUUGUUUUUAAAGCAUUAUAGAAAGCAGUAUUAAUGACAGGGUGGUCAUAAGAUGGAACCAGUCGUGCACAAAAUAAAAUUAAAAAAAAAAAAAAAAAAAUCAGUUAAGAAUACAAAGCCUUCAUUUCAGCUCCUUGUAUACAGCUAUUGCAUUUUCCAGAGAGUGUAUGCAUUGAAGAGUCUGGUGCAUGGGGCUGAAAAAUUAUUAAAAAGUAUGCUAUCAUUGGAGCGGUAUGAUACCAAACUACUUCCAUCUUGUGUCAAGCUGACUUGCAUUGUUGGGAGAAAAAGGCAGCGUUGAGUUACCAAACACCCGCUACUCAACAUAGCUAAGCAAAAUGUCUUAAAAUAACUUGCUGUUACGAUUUUAGUAUCCUCACAAUACAGUAUAUCCAAACAUAUGAAGCUGUUUUGAAGUAUAUGGAUUGUUUUAUGUCAUUUAAUGCUGAUGAGUAUCUAGACGGUUUAUGUAAUGAGACUGAUGCUAGAACACUGUAACACUGAGAAGAAGAACACUAUUUUGAUGGCUUUCUAUUACACUGUUGUCAAUGUCCAAUUAUAAUGAAAUAAUAACGACAUCGGCAUAG